AUGGGGUCAUGUCGAGCUCUGUUUGGCGACGAUUACUAUAUGUGCAGAUUUCAGGAACCUGGAGAGGUGGAGGAGAAAUUUGCUAGCUGUGAUACUGGGAAUAUAAUAAGUGCAUUUCUUUCAUCACGGGAUACUCGUCCCCCUGUUUUGCCUAAAGAGUUGGAUUUCAAGGCCAUUUUUCAAGCUCCGAUUGCAUUGCCCUCAUGGUUGACUGAGGAAGACAUCAAUUACUAUGCUGGAAAAUUUAACCAGACAGGCUUCACCGGAGGACUCAACUACUAUCGAGCUCUAGAUCUAAACUGGGAGCUGACAGCGGCAUGGACCGGAGUACAAAUAAAGGUACCAGUGAAAUUUAUAGUCGGUGAUCUGGACAUAACUUAUAAUCUUCCCGGAGCAAAAGAAUAUAUAAAUGGCGGGUUGAAGAAGGAGGUGCCGAAUCUGAAAGAGGUGGUGGUGAUGGAAGGAGUGGCUCACUUUCUUAAUCAAGAAAAGCCAGAGCAAAUUAGCGCUCACAUUGUUGACUUCAUCCGCAAAUUUUAAAUAUGAAAAGUGUAGUGUGCACCCCACCUACCACGUUAAAUUUCAAUGUACUUGUUUGAAUGAUCUGUGAACGACUUCUAAUUAAAGUGGGCGACAGUGAUGGCCCUUUUUUUCUUUUUUUUU